AUGAAGUUCAUGUUCUGUGCAACCGUGCUCGCUUUGGUCGUCACCCAGACCAUGGCUGUUGUUCCUAUCCCUGUCAAGGAGUGCACAAAAUCUGUUGUCGUCCAACCAACGGACACCACCUGCUCUGACUUUGCCCAGCGCUUCGGCGUCACCUUUGACGAUCUCCUCAAGUGGAACCAGAAGCUGAGAACGGACUGUUUGAACCUCGAUGUCGGACACCCUAUCUGCGUCUCGGUCACCCCUGGAGACUGCUGCCUUAGCGAGAACCCCAAGCCAACGGCUACAACCACAACCACUCGUAUUGCAACUACUACCACCGCCGAGGCCACCACUACUACGACUACUACUACCACGACUACCACUCCUCCUCUUCCUCUUACCACCACUACAACCACCACAAUCGCUGUCACCACCACCACCGUCGCUCCACCUCCUCCCCCCUCUCCAACCGUUCCUACUACUUCUGCGCUUGUUCCUCCUCCAAUCAUCAUCGCUACCACUACUCCUGUCAUUACUACCACCACUCCAGUCACCACUACUACCUCGAUUGUGCCUAUUAUCCCCAGCAUCAUCGACCCUUCCAACAGGAACAAUGCUGCUGCUGCUGCAUCGGCCAAGGGGUCGAUGGGGCUCGCUGUCGCUGGUGUCAUCCUCUCUGCUAUCUAUGCCCUCUAA